GCUUGCUGGGUGGAAGGGAAAGCUUCUAUCCUUGGCGGGUAGGGUGGAACUGGUCAGAUCAGUGAUCUCAGGUAUUCCCAUCCACAACUUUGCUGUUUACUGGUGGCCUCAAUCAACCAUUAAAACAGUUGAGAGGUGGAUGCAGAAUUUUAUCUGGUCUGGUGAUGUGGAAAAGCAGAAGAAGGUUGUUGUAAAAUGGAAAAAUGCAUGCAAACCGAACCAAGAAGGAGGCCUUGGUAUAAGGAAACUGCAUGAUGUUAAUUCUGCUUGCUUGUGCAAGCUAACAUGGCAAAUCAAGCAUGAUGAGUCUAUUGUGAGCUCUUUUUUUAGAGCAAGAUUUGUGAAUGUAGAUGGUUCUCUCAAGACCAGUUAUAAAGCUUCCUCAAUUUUCCCUGGAUUGAAGAAGCUUUGGAAUAUUAUUUCAGGACUUGAAAGAUGGACUGUUGGAAAUGGAAGCAAAAUAAACUUUUGGCUUGAUAGAUGGUUAGGCGAGACUUCUAUUGCUGAAGGUUCAGGGAUAGACUUAUCUGACUUUGAAGGUUUUGAUACAAAAGUUGCUGAUUUCGUUGUGGAAGAAAGAUGGGCUCUCCCCUUAGCUAAUUCAUCUUUUUUAAAAGCGGCUUUUACAAAGGAAAGAUAGAUUUUGGUCUUUGAUCUUGAAGAUAUUUGCCACUGGUCUCUUAAUCCUUCAGGUGCCUUCUCUAUUCGGUCAGCUUGGGAUUCGAUAAGGAUGAAAAACCCAAAAGUUCCAUGGUAUUCUAUCUUAUGAAAAUCUCCUAUUCAACCUCAGCAGGCUACUUUUGGAUGGAGGUUACAUCAUAAAAGCCUCCUAAUAGAUGAUAUAGUGAGAAAACGUGGAAUUCAGAUGCCUUCAAGAUGUAAGCUUUGUGGUAAGGCUGAGGAAUCAAUUGCCCACUUAUUUUUAUCCUAUUUACAUUCAUCUCGGAUAUGGAGUCUCUUUUGCUCUCUUUUCAAUCUUUCUUGGCCCCCUAUCAUAAAUAUGGAAGACAUGUUGAAGUGGUGGAAAGAGAAAGCUCGCUCCAUCUCCUUCAAAAAAUUGUGGAACAGUGGUGCUACCCUUGUCCCAUAUAUUUUUAUGGAUGGAGAGGAAUUCUAGGCGUCAUGAUGGCAUUCCCAAACCUUAUAAGCACUACUUUGAAAUGAUAAAAGGAGACCUCAGAGCUAUUUCUUUGAUGCACACAGGUAAUACUUCUUCCAUGGAUGAUUUGUUGUGUGCCAGGAAUAUUGGGUUUCACAACUCUCAGGGAAGGAAAAGAGACCCACUGGAAUUAUUCUGGUGCACUGGUAGUUAAAACGCAUUUUAAACGCGUUUAAAACGCGGUUGUGUUUUUUUGCCUUUUAAAAUGCGUUUUGCCGUAUGCCUCUGUACAAUGCGGAAAAAACCGAGAACGGCAGAAUAAAAUGUUUUAAACGCGUUUUAAACGCACGUUUAAAACGCGUAUGCAUUUUUUAAGGGAAAAAUAGGAAUUUUGUCAUACUAUUUAAAAAAAAAAAAACCCAAAACUAAAGAAAACGUCAAAACCAUUCAAUUGGUUUUUUUCCCCAAAUCCCUAAUUCUCAAAUUCACAUCUCUGUGUCUGUGUUGCUCUCACGGACGGUCUCACGGCUCACAAUCUCACGGUGAGACUCUCACCCAGUUACCCGGAAUCUCGGAUUCCAGUUUUUCUCUGAACCCUUCUUCUCCGUUGGUCAAUCGAAGAAAACUCUGAGAAAAGAAGAAGAGCAGGUCGUCGGAAGUCGGGCAUCGACAGUAGCAAUAGUAGGUCGUAGUAGCAUCUCUUUUAUAUCUUUUCCAGUUCUUCCUUUUUUGGAUAUUGGUUUGAUCGAUCUUACAUUAGUGGAGUUCAUCCCCUUUCUGUUUUAAAUGCCAAAGCUCUGCCUCCCAUGUUUCGUUUUACUGUUCUUGUUCAUCCCCAUUUGUAACCCCCAUCAAUACCUUCCAUUAUGAGAGAUAACCCAAGCCAAAUCAUAACAGAAGGGAAAAGCACGGUAACCUUCAUAAAAGUCGUUCUUGAAAUUAAUAGAUUAUUACUUCUGCAUCUAAUGCCACAGACUGAAAUAGUAGGAGAUGAAACCAUAGAUUUAGGGCACAGUAUUGGUAGAUGUUGAUAUUGAAUCGGUGGAUCGGUGAGUAUUUGAUCGAUUUUAUUCUUUUUUUCUUAAAAAUUAUUAAUUUUUUACUAUUUUACCCUUGAAAUGAUACAGAUAAUCAAUCCAAAUCGAUCAAGAAUUAGGAAUUAGUCUCUAUUGAUAUCGAUCCAAUACAACCAAUAUGAAACCAAUACUUCAAACCAUAGAUGAAACCGAUGAAUUGUCACCAAAGAGCAAGACCAGAUCCAAAUCUCCAAAUUCUCCCACUUUACCCACUAACCCAUUUAUUCGAGCCAUUCCACUUCAUUAGAAGAUUCCAAGCAACCCUCAACCAGUGAUUUAAAAAUUACCCUUUGUUUCCAGGUUCUUAAACCCUGCCAUCAAUUGGUCUCCACGUGACUUAACCAAAAUACUUCCUACAAGUAACCUUGACUCCUAGAGGCAAAGCAUCCCUUGAUCACCUUGAAUCAUUUGUAAUACUUAAUUAUAAAAAUUCCACUUAAAUGGGAUAGAUGACAUGAAUUCUUGUCAUUUAAUUUUUUUCAUUCCAAGUUAAAUGGGAUAGAUGACCUAAUGAGAAUACUUUUAUUGAAAUGUUGGCAUUUUACAUCUCUUUUUCUUUUCAUUUACUAAUCUAUGAUUUAAUUUUUCCGAAAGGAAUUUACUCAUCGUUCAUUCGUAAUACAUUAAUUAUUCUAUUUGUUGAGAUUGGAAAUGAUGUUUUAUUAUAUUAUGUAGGUAUUUCAAAGUUGAGCUACCUGAGCUUAAGCAAAAUGGUGAGACCUAAGGAUAAAUUUUGGGAACAUGUAGAGCAACGUGGUUUGAGCCGUUUCACAUGUAACUAUUGUGGACUUAAUUAUUCUGGGAGUGUUUCACGAGUGAAUGCUCAUUUAGCUUGUCAAUCUGGACAUGAUGUUCAAAUUUGCACCCAAGUUCCUGAGCACAUUCAAACUGAUGCCCUGGCAGAAUUUAAUUUGAGUAGAUCUGCUAAGAAAAGAAAGAGUGAUUCUCUUGAAAGUGGAAUGGGUUCUACAAGUAGCACACCUUCUAUGCCUCAGGUUAGGGGUACACAUCAACCCACAAUGGUAGAGAUGGCUGCUAAGCAGGACAAAAAAUCAUUGGACAUGUUGGUAACUGAUUUUAUUGUCAAUAAUAACAUUUCCUUCAAUGUUAUUCAGACAAAUUCUUUUAUUGAGAUGCUAAGGGUGCAUGUGCAUAUGGUACAAGUUAUGUUGUACCUAGUUAUAGCAAUCUUCGGACCAGUUUGAUUCCUGGAAAAAAAGCAGAAAUCAUGCCAUAUGUUAGCAAUAUAAAGGCGACAUGGGGUAUCACAGGUUGCACAAUUAUGUCUGAUUCUUGGACUGACAUAAAGAAGAGGUCGUGGGUUAAUGUGAUUGCUUACUCUCCUGGGGGUGCUGUGUUUUUGAAAUGUAUUGAGUGCGGUAUAAAUAGAUUAACUUCAACAUUUAUUUUCAAUGAAAUUUUUGAUGUCAUUGAAAAAGUUGGACCAAAUAAUGUUGUGCAAUUUAUUUCAGAUAAUGGUUCUAACUUUUGUUCUUGUGGUGAUAUGUUGGCUGGAAAAUGACGUCAUAUAUAUAUAUAUAACAAAUUUUCCUGCUCAUGGGAUUAAUCUACUUUUGAAAGAUAUUCACAAAAAAAUUAAAUGGGUGAGGGAAGUUAUAGAAGAUGGAAAACUUGUAGUGGAUUAUAUUCACAGGCACACAUGUAUUGUAGCAUUGAUGAAAAAAUUCACCAACAAUAGAGAUAUCAAGCAGCCUUGCAAGACAAGGUUUGGUAUUUAUUUUUUUAUGCUACAGUUUCUUAUUGUUGUUGAGAAUGAGUUGAGGCUUUUUGUUGUAUCAUCUGAGUGGAGAGCCUUUAAAUUCAAUAGAGCUGAAAUGGCAGUGAGAAUUGUUGGAAUAAUUCAAUCAGAUACAUUUUGGGAGGGGGCAAAGGAAGUUAUUGCUUUCAUGAAGCCACUUAUUCGUAUUCUUCGCCUUGUUGAUUCAGAUGGUUCUACUGCAGGUUACUUAUAUGAAGCAACAGAAAGGGCAAAAGAAACAUUGAGGAAAUUUGUGGAGAAGGAUGGAGGGACGUAUUUAGGCAUAAUGGAUUUGUUUCAAUUUAGGUUAGAGAAGAACAUUAUUCAUCAUGUUCAUCUCUUUGGUGCACUUUUGAAUCCUUCUAUUAUGUUUGGUGGUCGACUUAAUAUUGAUGGAAUUAAAUUUAUGAAUGCACAAGAAUUUAUAAUGGACAUCAUGGUUCUUUUAGAAGAUCGUGAGCAAUUCAUGCAAGUAGUCAUUGAUUAUUGCAUGAAAAGUCUAUUGUUGUUCAAUAUGACAGGGCAAACAAUGAUGAAAACUAACCAUCCAAGGAUUUGGUGGUAAUUUGUUGGUAGUGCAUUUCCUGUGCUUCAAAAUAUUGCUUGUAGAAUCUUGAGUCAGCCUUGUAGUUCCUCUCCUUAUGAGCGUAAUUGGAGUGUUUGGGAUGCAACACAAACAAAGAAAAGAAAUAGAUUAGCCCCAGAGAUGCUAGAGGAAUUGGUGUACAUCAGGAUGAACUCUAUGAUGAGGGAGAAUUAUGAAAACCAACUACAUAAAGAU